ACCAUGAAGCUGAGCGGUGUUGUCGCGGCCGGCGCCCGCCUCUCUCCUCCGGUGCUCUGGGCAGCCCAGGUGCUGCUGGCAGCUGGAUGUCAUGCUGCUGCCAGCUUUGAGGCCCUGCAGUGUGAAGGACCCGCCAGCACCCGGGACAGCGGCUGCCACAUGAAGAGAGAACUGAGGGGUUCCAGGGAAGUUGACUUCCAGGUCAAGGGCUACACUUUCAGCCAACCCUUCCAUCUUACUGUGUCCUACGAUUGGCUGAUUCUCCAAGGCCCAGCCACUCCCAUAUUUGAAGGGGACCCACUGGUUCUGCGCUGCCAGGCUUGGCAAGACUGGCCACUGACCCAGGUCACCUUCUACCGAGACGGCUCAGCUCUGGGUGCCCCCGGACCUAACAGGGAGUUCUCGAUCACCGCAGUGCGAGAGGCAGACAGUGGGCAUUACCACUGCAGUGCCACCUUCCAGAGCCCUGGUCCCAGAAGCCCAGAGACAGCGUCCUCUGUGGUGGUCACAGUCCAAGAGCUGUUUCCAGCCCCAGUGCUCAGAGCCACACCCUCAGCGGAGCCCCGAGAGGGGGGUGCAGUGACCCUGAGCUGCCAGACAAAGCUGCCCCUAUGGAGGUCAGCUGCGCGCCUCCUCUUCUCCUUCUACAAGGACGGCCGGGCCCUGCGCAGCAGGGGCCUGUCCCCGGAGCUGCAGGUGCCCGUGGCUUCAGAGGCCCACUCUGGGUCCUACUGGUGUGAGGCUGCCACAGAGGACAACCAAGUUUGGAAAAAGAGCUCCAAGCUGGAGGUCAGAGUGCAGGGUUCCUCAAGUUCUGGCACACUGCCCACCUGGAGCCCUCCUCCUUUGAAAUCAGCAGCUCCAGGAACAGCAGCUGUGGAGCCCCCCAAGCCUCUGCCUCCAACCCCCAGCCCUUCCUCGGAGGGUCCAGGCCACCCCUCUCCUCUGCAGGUGCCUGACCCUCACCUGCACCAUCAGAUGGGCCUUCUCCUCAAACAGAUGCAGGAUGUGCGAGCUCUCCUUGGUCACCUGGCCAUGGAGCUGAGGAACUUGUCUGGCCACCUGAAACUAGAAACCAGGAAGGGCCCUGCCAAACAGGGGUGA